AUGGUGCCCCUCCACUGCCAGGUUUUCCGGCGGCAGCGGCCAGCCCACAGGGGCCUGGAGAAGCUGCUGCAGGAGUUCUCCCGCCAAGGGCACACCCUGUCCCAGGAGCAAUUGCUCUUCAUCUUCACGCCUUGUAGGUCAGAGAAGGAGAGCCUGCAAAGCAGCCUGCUGGAGGCUGAGCAGCACAUAUGGGAGCUGGAGAUGGCCAGGAGCCGUGUGGAAGCCCAAGUGCGCAGGGCCAGGCAGGCCAAGGAGGCGAUACUGGAGGAUGUGAGGGGCCUUCGUCGUGAGCUGCUGGCUGUAAGAGCUCUCAGCCAGCAGCAACGUGAAGACAUGGCUGAACAGCUCCGCUGGGCACAAGAGCAGUGCUGUAAGGCUCUGAGACUCUGGCAGUCUGCCCAGGAAGAGGAAAAAAGGAAUCUCGUGCAAGAACUGGAGAGACAACUGGAAGAGCAGCAUGUGGAGGCACGGAAGCAGCUGGAGGAACGGGCAAACUUCCUGGCAGAGGUGCUGCAGGAAGAGCAGCGUCAGAAGGCUGCUGUCAUCCACAAGGUGUACCAGCUGCAGAGAGAGCUGAAGCAAAGUGAGCAGCUGAGGCAGAAGCUGAAUGAGCAGUGGCAGAACGGGCAGGUCAUGCUGCAGGCUGAGCUGCAGGAAGCUGAGAGGAAGAUGAGGGCAAUGGAGAAGAGGCACCAAGAGGAAAUGGAAAGGAUGCACAAGGUCCUGCUGCAGUGCAGGCUGGCUGAAGAAAAGCAGGUGGACGCAGGAUCUGCCAUCGAAGCUGCUGGUGCAGCAGCAUCCUGCCAAGAAGCCUCCUCUCCACAGCCUGAAAACCAGAGCAUGAGCAGCUCGGCCCGCUCAAGCCAGGAGAGAGAGAAGCAGUUCCUGAAGCUGCUGAGGUGUGUGGUGAGUGUGGAAGAUCCAGAAAAGAAGUACACUGGAUGGGAACAUCUUGGCAGUGGGGGCUUUGGAGCUGUUUAUAAGGCCUUCGACACUGCCACAGGACAAGCGGCGAGUGCCCAUGCAGAUCUUGCAGCUCUUGAGUGCUUUCCCUGUGAUGUGAUCUGUGGCCAGAGCUUUGGGCCGCCUGUCUUUGCUGCAGAGGCUGUUCUGCAGAAGCAGUCUGUCUAG